AUGGGAUCAGAAGUUGAGGAAGAGAAAACGAAAAACUAUGUCUGUAAAUGUUGCGGUAAAUCGUUUUCCAACGAAAGAAAUCAAUACAGUCAUAGGGACAAUCAUCCAAAUGACCCCAUGAAAUGUCUACUUUGCAAGGAUUACGUCGUCUACAGUGAUCCAAAAUCUCAUCUCAAACAUGUCCAUCAGAUAGAGAAACCAAUAAUUUGUCGUUGCUGUGACUGGACAUUCCGAUGCGUUAAAGAUUUCCAUCAUCACAGAGCAUUUCUUCGUCAACGUUGUUGUGAUGUAACUCAUCCGGUGGUGUUGAAUAAAACGUUGCCUGGAUUCUUUUGUCAGAAAAAAGACCAGUUGGUUCAGGAAAGUAUUGAUGUUCUCACUAUCUGGCAGAAUAAAGAAUUGAGCAAACCGGUGGGAAGACAUUGUAAAUCACAACCAACUAUGCCACGUUCAUCUUCUUACAAGACGCCUAACCCAAAUGUCUCCAUCCAGAUGACUAGCACACCGAAUAUUAACUGCUAUCCUGUUCCCCAAACAUCAUCUCCGAUUAUACCAAACAUCGAUUCGGCUCCGUACGCGUAUGCUCAUAACUCCAACAACAUUUACCGGACAACGGAUAAUUACAACUAUUGGAAUUACACCGAAACAACUCAACCUCCAACAACUCUCCAAACUAAUUUCUCAUUGGAUACUCCAUUCACUGAGUCAUCUACAACUGGAAUUUCAAAUGGGAACAACAACAUUACCUGGAAUAAUGACACAGACGAAGCAAAGGCUCGUGAAAGAUUCUGGAAAUGGCUUGAUGGAAUUCCAGAUUGA